CCUUGACCUUAGCACCACGAGGGAAAAUGGCGUCAGAAGUAAACGUCGGUCCGAGCGUCGGCAGUGGCGGAUUUUCGUUUGGUACCCAGUCAUCUACACCUGCUUUUGGAUUGCAAACACAGACAGCUGCUAGUACAUCCAAUUCAGGACUUUCCUUUAGUUUCACACCAAAAACAGCUGAAAACACCACGGUUUCUACCUUAAAUGUUCCUGUAAAAACUACUACAGCCAACACAGGAUUUUCUUUUGGAUCGGGACUUUCAUUUGGUGGGGCUCCUGCUACACAGUCUGGCACCUCCAGUGGCUUGAGUUUUGGAUUCACGCCAGCCACCUCAGGAAUCACAUCAGCGGGUUUGACACUUGGAACAAGCACUACCACAACAGGUGGUUUUGGUGGAUUUAAUUUAGGAGGAAUUCCUUUGGCAUCAACAGCAAUUUCCACUUCAGCAGGCAGCAUCUUUAACACUGUAACUACAUCAGCUUCUGUGACCGGCCUGGGUGGUGCAGACCCAGCAAUAUCUGCUUCAAAUUCAGGCAUAUCUGGAGGAGGUCUUGGCAGUGAUGGCAAAGCUUUAAAGGAAACUCUUAUCCCAGAUCAGCUGGUCUUAACAGUUGAUGACUUGCAGAAGUAUGUGAAAGAAGAGAAGGCAGUCCGUGAAGACAUUGUGCACAUGUCAUCAACCAUGCUGCGUGUUCAGGAAGACAUUGCUGCUCUGAGGCAACUUCUUUCUGUUGUCUCCAAUGGCUUGCAGCGCAAUGCCUGUACACUGGAGAAGCUGAAAGCUGAGAUGACAAAGGAGCUGAAGAAUGCAGAAAUGGCGCAGCGGACAAAAGAUAUACCUCCAGGGCUGCAGUAUGAAAACACAGCACCUAAUGAGUAUUUUGAGCAGCUGGUUGAGCAGUUUGAAGGCCGCAUGGUUUCCUAUCGGCAACAGAUCGAAAUGCUGGAGAAUCACCUUGCUGUACUUCACCAACCAGCCCGCAACUCCCCAGCAGAAAUUUUCACACUUAUCAAGCGCUUGCAUGAAUCUUUCGUAGCCUUGGCUGCACAGCUGCAGCAAGUUCAUGAAGCCAUCAAGGGUCAGAAAGAGCAAUUUAUAACAUACCGACGAGUGUUUCAUGGUGACACAAAAGACAUUUUUCAGUCCACAAAGCCUGUUUCUCGGCCUUCUCAGCGUCGACUUGUAGACACGUCUGGUCCAACUCCUUUUCCGGGUGUCGCUAACCCUGCUGCAGCAGCAAUGGCAUCCAUUCUAACCAAACAGCAGCCUCAUGGACCCCCAGUGGCUGGCUUACUUAGGACUGGCUCAAGUUCAGCAUGGCCCAGCACCGGGGGCAUAGGCUUGAGCAGUGGACUUUCACACUUGGGAUCUAGUUCAAGUAGUACAACCAUUCUAGGACAACCAGUAGCUCAGGCAAGUGCAGGAUUCUCCUAUAGUUCUGGCAUUGGAGCAGCAGGAAGCAGCAACAGCAGCACCCUAACCAGCACCCUCAAUUCCCUCAACAACACAGCUAGCACUACCCUCAAUAUGUCUGCAGCUACAAAGCAACCUUUCAUGUUGCAGAAGCCACCUCAGGGUGCAAAGCGAGGGAAAAGAUAACUUUGGAUUUUUUAAAAAUUAUUUUUCCCUUCCCUGAAAGCACCAGUUUUUUGUUCUUUUUAAUUUGAUGCAAGUAUGUUGGUUUACAGAUCAAAUCUUGGGAAAAGGAUGAUCGCUGAUUGCAGAUUGUAAUUGCAGCAGAUGAAAAUGAUGUUUAUCUGUGAUGAAUGUCUGCCUUUCUUAUAUAAGAAUUUUGUCUUUACAUUUGUACCCAGUACAUCUGAUUGAUGUUGUAUGACAUGUUUGACUACUUUCAAAAGACUGACUUUCAUCCAGUGAAGAGCAUUACUCUUUGUUUUAAUUACAAUCAGUAUUUAAAUAUAGCUUUGCUAUUGGUGAGAUAUUGAGUAAUCAUGAAUUCAAUUUUUCAAAAAUUUUUAAAGGUCUGCGUGCUGUGGAUCUGCACUUUUUCAGUUUAUCAUUACUUAAACUGCUAUCAUUAAUGUCUCUCAGUCUUUAUUGUCUGGGUAAGAUACCAUAAAAAAACCCUGUUUUUGGCACACAAACAUUUGACAAGAUGACAUAACAAAUUAAUAUGACUUAAAAACAGUAUGGUAUUGUUAUAUCUUUCACAGCUGUCACUUAAAACUGUUGUCAUUGUAUGUCCUUUUGAGAUGGCUGCUAAUGAAAAACCUCUUGUACACAUUACUAAAUGCUUAUGGCACUUUAUAUCAUGUGCCAGAAGGUAGCUGAAUCCUGGGUAGGAGAGGGCAGGUGGGGUCAGCAGUACUCUGGGUGGCCUUGCCUUCUGACAACAUGAAAAUACAGGUCAUCCCGAGAGUGGCUAUUUCAUUCUGAUUUGUAUUGCGUGCCAUGUUCACACCCUUUUGCCAGCAAGCCACACUGGCCAUAAUGAGCAGCCUGUACACUGCUCUAGCACUCCCAUGCUGACAUUGAUAUUUUUGAGUUUCUGCUGAAGGUACAGUUUUUGAUGGACCUUUUUGUAACAUGGUCUAUGUCAGAGCCUCCCAUCAAUAAUGUCAAGGUACCCAAAGCUGGCAGCCUUUUGUCCCUGCUGUGUCAUUGAUAGUGACUGGAAUAGCAGAUUUGUACCUUCUUCUAUAGUGCCCGACUCCAAUGGCCUUCUCCUGUCAAAACAGUACAAGCUGCCUUUAAUGAAGUCUUGCAGGACUUAAUACAAAGUUGUUUUUUAUUUAAAUCAACCUGCUACAUAGUUGUAGCUUUGAGUAUGUGUGCUGUGAUAUGUAAUAUGAUAUCCAUGUAUUGAAAUAAAUAUUUGUACUUUUA